GUAACAAGGUCCUACUUGUUGCGGCACUGCUCCAUCACGACACACACCGCCUUAUAUUUACAUUGGCCAGCCACAGCGCAGCUCUUCAAAACUCACUCUGACCCCCAGAGCUGGAUCUGACUCCUUUAUUUCCCUUUCUCACUCACAAGCAGGCCUUGUAACAGGAUUGACAGGCUCAGUCUUGCUAUUAUUCCUCCAUCUCAUUGAUCGCGAGCUAGUCUUGAUUCAAGUUGCGGGACCAUCUAUUGCAGUUAUCUGAACUUCGCUCUUGCUUAUUCGUCCUAACUUCUGUUGAAAUGGCAUUGAGUCCUCCCAAGUAUGAUGGCAUGAUGCGACCUGCAUUAGCCCUUUGGUCCAGUCCCAAGACCAGGAAGAAUGAGGUGGUGGUGGUGGAACUAUCGCAUACUCAGCCUCCUCCCCUAUUUCCUAUGGGGUUGCAAAACUAUGUUUCUCCCCAUAUGUGGGAGACUCGUGUACGUGCUGUCACGCGCAUGGCUUCCCAGUAUUCCAAACCAGUGCUGGAAAGAUCCUGGAUGUUCAUAGCUAUGAUUUUGACAUUUAUCGCUCCAAUCGUGGCUUACUACGACUACAUUCAUCAUUUUAAUGAUGAACGAAUCGACGAGGGCCGUCAAAAUCAGAUCAUCUGGCAGGCCAGGCUUAUAGCUUUUGGUGUCACAGUUGGUCUUUGGAUCGUCAUGUUUUUGCCAAUUGUUAUCUGGAAAUACAUGGGUCGUGUGCGAGUAAACAAGAUGAUUGAUCGCUGGGCAAAGGAUGAUAUCCGAUCUGCUUCAUCCUAUGCGGUUAUUCCCACCUGGAAAGUCACCAUGCCCGGUAUGUUUAGGGACGGGAUUAUCCUGGCUGUCUCUUUCCCUGCGCCGCCUAGCAGCUUUGAACUCGAGAAUCUACCUCCGGUAAGAAUGCGUGUUAAUUGUUCAUGUUAUAUAUCUGACGAUGUACUAGUAUAUCGCGCCUCCCACGGAUGCUGCGCCGUCCUACGAGGCUACCAAACGGUUCUCGGAUCUCCAAGGAGAUGGCAAAUUUGGCGAGAUCCCGCUUUACAAUGAUGCCAAGGAAAUUGCAGCGUAGAUAGCCACACCAGAUACCGUAGCUAGGUGUCAUGAGACUUGAGCUUGGACAAUGGAAUGCAGGUCAUUCUCGAUGAGAUGGACCGUGGAAAUAUGACAUUUGUGUACGUUGUUACAUUGCCAGUUUUCAUCUGUUCCUCAUCGGUGCGUCCACUGACGAUGCAGAACUGGACUGGCUUUCAAUAUUGUGCUCCUUCUGCACGGUGAGACUUCACGGCGACAUCGCAAGAUCUUUCAUCAAGUCUUUAGGACCGAAGUCUCGGUCCCAUACCAC